AUGGCACUGUACAUCCCUCUGAUUUUCUUUAGUGCACUUUUCUCCAAAGCACUGACACUGACAUGUUACACAUGCAUACCAGAUAUAUCUGGAAAAUGCACACAAACUCAAACUACCUGUCAAUCUCGGUGUGGCUCCUUGACCACAACGGUUUACUUAAAUGGCACUAAAUUGAACAGCAGCCGUAUGAAGACUUGUGCAGAUCCUAUUUCAUGUAUUAAUGGGAGUAUGAAUUAUGGAUCAGGCAGAGUGACCUUCAACACCCAAUGCUGUAGUGUAGAUCUGUGCAAUUCUAAUUUUGCACCAGACUUAUCACAACAGCCCCUUAAUGGGAAGAAGUGUUACACCUGUGCUGAUAAAAACUGCUCAAAAACCUUGCCUUGUGAAGGUACUGAGGACCAAUGCUUCACUUCAACAGUUGUUAUCGAUGGCAACAAGGUGAUUCAGAAAGGAUGUUCAAGCAAGUUCUUCUGUGGAAACAAUGCAUCACGCACACUGGGCCGUAGCGAUGGUUAUGACAUGAGAUGCUGUGAUGGAAACCUGUGUAACAGUGGCCAGAGCAUGAGUGUCUUUUUCCUGCUGCUGGUACCACUUCUCUUUUUGCAUUUGCUCUGAUAUGUUUCCCAUUUCAGGAGGUUUUAAGGCUCUAUUUAUACUGUAGAUGUUACCACUUCUUGUUAAAGGGAAUGCAGCUUCAAAUAAUAAUUGUUCUGCUUAAAUAAUAUAAUUCUUAUUUAUAUUUUAAGAUUAUUUUAUACAAUAUUAUUUCAAGUAGUUUCUAAUAUAUGGGUUCCUAUUAUAUACAUCAUCAUAAACAUUGGCUUAAGACUGAUUUAUUCAGAGCCCUAUUAAAAGCGUAAAAUGUAUCCCUUUUUUGUUCUAGUACAAGUGCAAAUAGCUUAGAAAUAGGUGUGAGUAACUUUAUUGUAAUCAGCCUGGCAGAAAAUGUUGAAAUCUAAUUGUAAGUGGAGGGUACAAUUUGUGGUAAUUUACUCUAUUAUUAACUGUGUGAAUUAUUUGGGGUAAUUUCAUGUUUUCCAUAUGAGAAUGUUUAUUCUGGUUUAUGUAAAUUGCUUCACAGCAUCCUGUAUUUUCACAUGCGCUGCAUACAGGGUCCAAAAGGCUGAGACCACUAGUGAAAAUGCUUCUAUUUAGAUUCUCAAUUAAAACCUUUUUUUCCAUUACAAAUUUGUUAAGGUUCCUUUUGUUAACAUUAGUUAACAACAAAAGUUAACAUGAACUAACAAUGAUCAAUACUUUCACAGCAUUUAUUAAUCAUGCUUAAUGUUAAUGUCAACAUGAACUAGCAAUGAACAACUGUAUUAACGAGAAUUAAGAAAGAUUAAAUAAUGUUGUAAUUUUCUGUGUAAGUUCAUGAUACUUAAUAAAUUAACUA